AUGGAGUCUCAACACAACCAACUCAAUGUAAUUUUUCUUCCAUAUCCAACUCCUGGUCAUAUGAACCCAAUGAUAGACACAGCAAGGCUAUUUGCCAAGUAUGGUGUUAGUGUUACCAUUAUCACUACCAAUGCUAAUGCUUUGACAUUCCAAAAAGCCAUAGACAGUGACUUCAAUUCUGGAUACCCCAUUACAACUCAUAUGCUUCAAUUCCCUGCAGCCCAAGUUGGUCUCCCUGAUGGGGUUGAAAACAUCAAAGAUGGCACUUCCCUAGAAAUGCUAGGCAAAAUCAGUCAUGGACUAUUGAUGCUCAAAGAUCAAAUUGAGCUUCUGUUUCAGGAACUUCAACCUGAUUGUAUAGUGACCGAUAUGAACUUUCCAUGGACUGUGGAAUCUGCUGCAAGACUUGGUAUUCCAAGACUUUACUUUUACAGCUCAAGCUACUUCUCCAACUGUGCAAGUUGUUCUGUAAGGAAGUAUAAACCUCAUGAAAGGUUAGUCUCCGAUACACACAAGUUUACAAUUCCUGGUUUGCCUCAUAGCAUAGAGAUGACCUCUCUUCAGCUAGAAGAAUGGGUAAAGAGUAAGAGUUCUGCCACAGGCUUUUUUAAUGCAGUUUUUGAAUCUGAGAGCAGAAGCUAUGGGGCACUGUACAAUAGUUUUCAUGAACUUGAAAGUGAUUAUGAGGAACUUUAUAAGAGCACAAAGGGCAUCAAAUCUUGGAGUAUAGGACCAGUUUCAGCUUGGGUUAACAGGGAAGAUAGAGAAAAGGGAAAUGGUGAACUUGCAAAAGAGCAAGAGUGGCUAAAUUGGCUUAACUCAAAGCAAAAUGAGUCUGUGUUAUAUGUAAGUUUUGGAAGCCUGACCCGGCUCCCUCAUGCUCAGCUUUUUGAACUUGCUCAUGGGCUUGAAAAUUCUGGUCAUAAUUUUAUCUUGGUAAUUAGGAAAAUAGAUGGAGAUGAAGAUGGAGACAGUUUCUUGCAAGAGUUUGAGCACAAGAUCAAAGAGAGCAAGAAGGGCUACAUCAUAUGGAACUGGGCACCACAGUUGCUCAUAUUGGACCACCCUUCCAUAGGAGGAAUUGUGACUCAUUGUGGUUGGAACUCCAUUCUUGAAAGCAUGAGUGCUGGUUUGCCAAUGAUCACAUGGCCUAUGUUUGCUGAGCAAUUUUACAAUGAGAAAUUGCUAGUUGAUGUCUUGAAGAUUGGAGUCCCAGUGGGAUCAAAAGAAAACAAGUUUUUGUUCAGCAUUGGUGAGGAUCCAAUGGUGAGAAGGGAAGAGAUCACUGAGGCUGUGGUACGGUUCAUGGGAAGAGAAGAAGAGAACGAAGAAAUGAGGAAGAGAGCAAGAAAACUUGGUGAUGCUGCCAAGAAAACUAUAGAGAAAGGUGGAUCCUCUUACAACAAGUUGAUGCAGUUGAUAGAUGAGCUAAAAUCACUGAAGAUAUCGAGAUCACUUGAGAAGAUAAACAAACAAGAUAAUUGA